GGGGUUGCGCGUGCGCGAGCCUCGGGCACAGUCACGGCCAGUGAGAACCGGCGGCGCUCUCGCAUGGGGCCGCGCCUCCCAGCCUUCCUGUUUAACCCCUUGACGCGGAUUCGGCCGGUGCUCGCGCCUUCACCUCUGCCACCAGCUGCCAAGGAAACCAUUCUCGGGCGCUCGCAACCCACACCCUUGGGUUCCCGCCCACAACCCCCGCGGCUCCCCCCAGCCCCCCUCCCGAGUUUGGGGUUCCCGCGCCGGCGGCCGCAGGUGGGUGGCAUGGAGCGAAGCAGCGGUCAUCAGGGCGGCCUGGGCCGCACCUUGUGCGUUCUGACCGGGGCCUCCCGCGGCUUCGGCCGGGUGUUGGCCCAGCUGCUGGCCCCGCUGCUGUCGCCCGGCUCCGUGCUGGUGCUAACCGCCCGCAGCGACGAGGCGCUGCAGCAGCUGGAGGCCGAGCUGGGCGCCGGACGGCCUGGCCUGCGCUUGGUGCGGGUGCCCGCCGACCUGGGCUCUCAGGCCGGCUUGCAGAAGCUGCUCGGCGCCCUACGCGAGCUCCCCAGGCCUGAGGGGCUGCAGAGACUGCUGCUCAUCAACAACGCGGCCACUCUUGGGGAUGUGUCCAAAGGCUUCGUGGACCUGCCUGAUGCAGCUGAAGUGAACAACUACUGGGCUCUGAACUUGACCUCCAUGCUGUGCCUGACCUCCAGCCUCCUGAAGGCCUUCCCUGAUAGUCCUGGCCUCAGCAGGACUGUGGUUAACAUCUCAUCCCUCUGCGCCCAGCAGCCCUUCAAAGGCUGGACGCUGUACUGUGGGGGGAAGGCUGCUCGUGACAUGAUGUUCCAGGUCCUGGCUGCAGAGGAGCCCAGCGUGAGGGUACUCAGCUAUGCCCCAGGUCCCCUGGACACAGACAUGCAGCAGUUAGCCCGGGAGACCUCUGUGGACCCCGAUAUGAGAAAAAAGUUGCAGGAGCUGAAGACAAAGGGGGAGCUGGUGGAUUGCAGUGUGUCAGCCCAGAAACUGCUGAGCUUGCUGCAGAAGGACACGUUCAAGUCGGGGGCCCACGUGGAUUUCUACGAAAAAUAAACCCAUGUCCUUGGCUUCCCAGGUCUUCCUGUCCCCACUUUCAGGCACAGCCCAGCAGCCCUGUGCUCCGCACAGUGGCACCAGCAACCCUGCCUCACUGAUGAGCACUCACGCCUCCUGUCCUGCCCUCAGACGCAGCCAGCUGCCAGGGCCUCAGGUGCUGGCAUUACCAGUGGUCAGGAAUCUGAGUUAGAAAGAGGCUUUUGCAGGAAGCUCAGGAGAGAGGUUAUGGGUGUUAGUGUUUUCUAACUCCAAGAAGGGAAUUUUAGGGUGGGUAGAGCAGGGAAAACACUGAGACGAUGAAGAGAGGAGAUUGGUUUCCUGAGCGAUCUGGUGUUAAGAGGAAGACCCCAAUAGAUUCACAGAUGACCUGGAGGGGAGGGGGUCAGCGUGAGUUCUGGCCCACGUGAAUGCCCCCGCCCCACUCAGGGUAGCAGAUCCUCCCAUUAAAGAUCAUGUCUUCA